GCCCGCGGGCCAGCAGGGUGCGUUGCGCCGCGCGGUGUCUGAGGCGGCGGCUCCGCUCCGCGCCCGCCGCGCCCGCCGCCGCCGGUACCGGAGAUUUGUCCUUUUCCCCCUGCAGCCAGUGCCCUGUGUGCCGGACCAGGUGGGGACACCUGCCCAGGAGGAAUCCAGGGAAAUCGAGGAAUCCACGCGGAUCGGGGGACGGAGGCCGAGACUGCGCUGCAGUAGGAAGGAUUCUCCUGUGCUGGGGCCCGGAGCCGAUGGCAGAGAAUGUCCACAACUAACAACAUAGCGCAGGCCCGGAAGCUGGUGGAGCAGCUCCGCAUCGAGGCCGGGAUCGAGAGGAUCAAGGUCUCCAAAGCAUCCUCGGAGCUGAUGAAUUACUGCGAGCAGCAUGCCCGGAACGACCCGCUCCUGGUGGGAGUUCCCGCUUCCGAGAAUCCCUUUAAGGACAAAAAGCCCUGCAUCAUCCUAUAGCUCCGGAUCCCUCCGGAAGGGAAUCCCCAUCCAGCCUCUGGAUCCAGGCUCCUCCACACCUCCAACCGCUCCCAGGGGUAAAAACUCAACGCUGGCUUCGAACAGAACUUAAAAAAUUCCUGAGAAAAAAACAAACAAACAAACAAACAAACAAAAAACAGCCCAAAAACCUGAAAAAAAUCAGUUUGGAAGCAGGGUGGGGCGGUGGUUUUAGGGAAGGGGCGAGCGCUUCCCGGGAAGGAAAGCGGGAUUAAAAAUUGGAAUUGGGGUUUUAAAAAUUACCCAGGGUUGAGGGAGGGGAGAGGGGGG